UGUAGGAAGUUGAAAGAAUUAAGAAAGAAACUAUAUAGAGUCCCUUUUUCCAUAAAAGCAAAAAAGCCAAUAACGAUGAACGCAAUGGAUUUGGAUCCUCAGCCAGAUAUCCUCACACACUGGUGCACCGAUCUCUACAAUCUCCCUAUGCCCUCAAUCUCACCUUUCCUCUACACAAUCCCCACCGCCACCUCACUCUCCUCCUCCUCCUCCUCCUCCUCCUCCUCACCGCCGUCCACAUCCGGUGGUGCUUCUGAUGACAUGGAAUCUUCUAUAAGAUCCGUGGAAGAAAUCCUCUCCUACAGGUUCAAAAACAAGUCGCUACUAAAAGAAGCACUCACUCACUCCUCUUACAACAACGGCGAGUCGUUCAAGUCCUACCAGCGCCUCGAGUUCGUCGGCGACGCCGUGCUCGGCCUCGCUAUCAGCAAUUACGUCUUCCUGGCUUACCCUAACCUCGAGCCUGGACAGCUCUCGUCUCUACGCGCCGCCAAUAUCAGCACCGAGAAACUCGCUCGCGUCGCCGUCCGCCAUGGACUCCACCGCUUUAUCAGACACAAUGCUGCCUCUCUUCAUGAUAAGGUUAAAGAGUUUGCUGAUGCGGUCAGUCAGGAGGACGAUACAGUUGUAUAUGGCGGAUCAGUAAAAGCCCCAAAGAUUCUUGCUGACAUUGUGGAGUCUGUGGCAGCAGCUGUAUAUGUUGAUCUCAAUCUUGACCUACAACAAUUAUGGGUGAUCUUUAGGGCUCUCUUGGAACCUAUUGUCACACUUGAAGACUUGCAACAACAACCACAGCCUGUCACAAUGUUGUUUGAGUUGUGUCAGAAGCAAGGGAAGCAAGUUGACAUUAAGUUUAGGAGGACUGGGGCAAAGAAUGUUGCGACUGUAUAUAUUGAUGGUAAGUUUAUUGCCUUAGGUUCUUCUGAGAAGAAGGAAACUGCAAAGCUUAAUGCAGCAAGGCAAGCUUUGCUCAAGUUAUCGGAAUCUAUACCCACUAACGUUGGGAGGUUAGAUUUUUCUUUUGGGCUCAAUAAGUCAUUUGAGAUUGAUGGAGCGAAGCAAAAGUUACAUGAGCUUUGUGGCAAGAAAAAGUGGCCUAAGCCUAUUUACAGCCUUGAGAAGGAUGAGGGUCCACCACACGACAAGAAAUAUGUCUCAUCAGUUAAAAUACCAACAGUAGAUGGUGUUUUAUAUAUAGAGGGAGAUGAAAAGUCAAGAGUAAAGGAAGCACAAAAUUCUGCAGCUUCCUUGAUUAUCCGUGCCUUACAAGAAUCUAAUUAUCUAUUUAUUAUUUCUACAUUAACCUUGUCUCUAAUGGGUGUUGCUGCAAAGCUGCAUGGGAGGCACAGGUGGGGGGUUGUCGUGGUGAUGGUGGUGGCCAUGGGUUUCGGGGCUGAGGUUUUUGGGGUUGCCGUGGGGUGGUGGCGUGGCCAUGGGUUUCGGUUUGGGUAUGUUCUUCGUCGUGGUGGUGGUGGUGGCAUUAGCAGCAGGUGGUUGAGCGACAACGGCGGCGACGACACCAACAGCUGCUCGUUUUUCGGUCCCGUCGCCAUGAGAUCCGCUUUCGUGUCCGAGAACCUCGCCGACUCUGUCGUCGACAUGCGUCUCGGCGAGCUGGCACUACGGACCAACAAGUCGAAACCUCUUCACUCCCAAAGCCCAAAAAGCCAAAUAAUGAUGAAUGCAAUGGAUUUGGAUCCUCAGCUUGAUAUCUCCACACACUGGUGCACCGAUCUCUACAAUCUCCCUAUGCCCCCCUCACCUUUCCUCUACACAAUCCACACCGCCACCUCACUCUCCUCCUCCUCCUCCUCCUCCUCCUCACCGCCGUCCACAUCCGGUGGUGCUGCUGAUGACAUGGCAUCUUCGAUAAGAGCCGUGGAAGAAAUCCUCUCCUACAGGUUCAAAGACAAGUCGCUACUAAAAGAAGCACUCACUCACUCCUCUUAUAACAACGGCGAGUCGUUCAAGUCCUACCAGCGCCUCGAGUUUGUCGGCGACGCCGUGCUCGGGCUCGCUCUCAGCAAUUACGUCUUCUUGGCUUACCCUAACCUCGAGCCUGGACAGCUCUCGUCUCUACGCGCCGCCAAUAUCAGCACCGAGAAACUCGCCCGCGUCGCCGUCCGCCACGGCCUCCACCGCUUUAUCAGACACCAUGCCGCCCCUCUUCAUGAUAAGAUUAAAGAAUUUGCUGAUGCAGUCAGUCUGGAGGACGAUACAGUUGUAUAUGGCGGAUUAGUAAAAGCCCCAAAGAUUCUUGCUGACAUUGUAGAGUCUGUGGCAGCAGCUAUAUAUGUUGAUCUCAAUCUCGACCUGCAACAAUUAUGGGUCAUUUUUAGGGCUCUCUUGGAACCUAUCGUCACACUUGAAGACUUGCAAAAACAACCACAGCCUGUCACGAUGUUGUUUGAGUUGUGUCAGAAGCAAGGGAAGCAAGUUGACAUUAAGUAUUGGAAGAAUGGGGAAAAGAAUAUUGCGACUGUAUAUGUUGAUGGUAAAUUUAUUGCCUCAGGUUCUUCUGAGAAGAAGGAAAUUGCAAAGCUUAAUGCAGCAAAGCAAGCUUUGCUCAAGUUAUCGAAAUCUAUGCCCACUAACUUCGGGAGGUUAGAUUUUUCUUUUGGGCUCAAUAAGUCAUUUGAGAUUGAUGGAGCGAAGCAGAAGUUACAUGAGCUUUGUGGCAAGAAAAAAUGGCCUAAGCCUAUUUACAGCCUUGAGAAGGAUGAGGGUCCACCACACGACAAGAAAUAUGUUUCAUCAGUUCAAAUACCAACAGUAGAUGGUGUGUUAUAUAUUGAGGGAGAUGAAAAGUCCAGAGUAAAGGAAGCACAAAAUUCUGCAGCUUCCUGGAUUAUCCGUGCCUUACAAGAAUCUAAUUAUCUAUGAUAGUAUGAUGGUGCUCCUUUUUUAGAAUAAUAUCAAUGAAGAACAGUUAGAAUGGUUAGAUUUAGUUUGGAAGAAUAUCAGUGAAGAACAGUAAGAAUGGUUUGGUUAAUGGCUACAGCUAAAAUACGUGGAAUACUUUAUGGUCUUGCAAGUAGACCCAUGUGAUGUAGGGUUUAAAUGAAUUAUGUUCACUUGAUUACUUGGGCAUGAUUGGUUUGUGCCAGUAGAUUUUUAACUAAAAUGUACCUAUUUAACAAUUUAACAAUUAACAUUAACAUUUACCGUAUAAAGUGAAAGUUCCGUAUGUGUCAGC